AUGUGCCGUUCGACAUGUAAUUUUGGCGCUGUAAGAAAGAAAUGUCUGAGGUGCCAUUCGGUAACACAAGAGCUGGAAGGUGCCGUUGGAGCUUUGGGAGCUGCCAUAAGCUUUGGAGCUGAUGCCAUAAGCUUGGGAGUUGAUGCCGUUGGUGCUUGGAGCUGCUGCCGUAAGCUUGGGAGUUGA